GCAUUUGUUAGUAAACUUGUUCGACGGGCCGUAGUAAGGGCGUCAUAAACGCAGCGCCCGCGCAAACUUCGAUCGAGGCAGCAUUCAAUCGUGAAGUAGCGUGCGAAGCGGAUCGCUCAGCGGUGACGGUCGCGCGCUUUCAGUUUACGAAUUGCGACUAGUUGACAGUUCUAGUGGACUUUAGAGUUCAAGUUGAAGAGUAAAGUGAUGUCGAAGGAUAAUCAGAGGUUUAGCCGGCUGGGCGUCCUAGCGCCAGCUGCUCUGUCCGCCUGCAUGGAUGCCUCCGUGCUGGCAGUGCCGGCUGCCGGAGCUAUCGUCUCCACAGUCCUCAAGGAGCUCAGCAAGGCGUUCAUGCUGAAAAAAUGGUUCCACGGCGUAAUGUCUGCGAAAGAAGCGGAGCUGCUUAUCAUGCAGAAGGGAAAAAACGGUUCAUUCCUCGUGAGGGAGUCUCAAGCUCACCCUGGGGAGUACGUGCUAUCUGUUAGAGUGAGGGGGAGAGUCAGCCACGUCAUGAUUCGAAGACAGCACGAUAAAUACGACGUUGGCAGUGGAGAGCAGUUCGACGAUUUAGUUGGAUUAAUAGAACACUUUAGGUUGUACCCCAUGAUUGAGACCUCUGGCGACGUGCUUCGACUCCUGCAGCCGGUCAGCGGUACCCGACUCCGAGCACAUGACAUCGACCGCAAGGUGCAGGAAAUGCAGGAGAUUGAAGACUAUCAGAAGUUGGACAACAAAUGCGGCUUCGAUGGAGAGUUUCAGUCGCUGAAGAUGUUGGAAGAUCGACACGUUUUCACAAAUUUUGAGGGAACCAGACCAGAGAACGCGCCGAAGAACCGAUAUAGAAACAUUUUACCAUAUGACCAGACGCGUGUGGUGCUUCGUCGGCGAGACAAUAGGCCGGAGUCAGACUACAUUAAUGCGAGCUUUGUCAGAUCUUCACGACUCAGCGACUCCUCCUCCUCCGUACAGUCCUCCAAUGAGAGCCUGGACAGUGUUCAAUCCCUGAUACUGAACAGUGAGUCAAAGAAGGCACCACCUUUAGUUUCCAAAUCCCUGUCAGACGAAGCUUUGAGGGAAGUGAAAAAGUGUUUAAAACUCGACAAAAUUAAUGGCAACCUCUGCCGCGACGUAACAGUAAAAGACAAAACUUACAUAGCUGCUCAAGGCUGUCUCUCCAACACAAAAGAUGAUUUCUGGCGCAUGAUAUGGCAGGAAGAUGUCAGAGUUAUAGCUAUGAUCACUAAUGAAGUGGAAAAUGGCAAGAGAAAAUGUGAAAGGUAUUGGCCGUUGUCUGGACACGAGGAGAGGUUCGAUGGUCUCAUAGUCAAAGCUAUCUCAGAGACACAUUAUGAAGAGUACCUACUGCGCGAGUUCGAUGUCAGUGACGACAAGAACUGUCGAACCGUCUUCCAGUAUCAGUUCACUGCAUGGCCCGACCACGGUACACCCGGUGACCCUGAUGGAGUGCUGUCCUUUAUAGAUGACAUCAACCGGAGAAUGAUAAAAAAUUCGCAAGAAUCUGAUGCUCCAGAACAGAACAUCCUGUGUGUGCAUUGCUCUGCUGGCGUCGGCAGGACGGGCACGUUCAUAGUCUUGGACAUGCUAAUCGAUAGAAUAAAGACAUCUGGAUUCAACUGUGACAUCGAUGUGCAUUCCACUGUGAAACUGGUGAGGGCGCAGCGCAACGGUAUGGUACAGAAUAAGAUGCAGUACAGAUUCAUUUACCUGGCACUACAAGAAUACAUUGAUGGAAGAAACAUCAAAAUGAGAAAGAAGAUGCGGGUGAAUGUGAAUAUUUUAUGCGGAGCGACAGACCGUUUGACUUCCUCAACUCAAUUGGUCGAGAUACCGAUUUCAUAAGGUCUACACGUCAGAUGCGUGAAUAAAGAAACAACCAAAGUUGAAGAAUUAGUGUUAGUGAUCAUAGCUAUUUAUAAUUUAAUUAUUAGUGGAACCAUGUAUCCAGUCAGUCAUUAUAAUUCAUAUUUAAGUCUUUUAAUAAAUGUCUG